AUGAGUGAUCAAGAAAUUGCCGCCACCCCAAAUGAAGAGAUGACGGAAGAACAACUCGAAUGGCAAGCCAAGGAAAAGGAAUACCAGGAUCAGAUCGAAGAUCUCAAAUCCGAAAAGCUUGAACUUGAAGCUCAAGUUAAACAAGUUGAUUCCUUCAUCCAAAAGCUCCAAGAAACAAGGAACGAAAACUCCGAACUCAAAGCCAAAGUCACUGAUCUCACCCGCACAAUUGAUGACUACGAUCACCGCCUUCAAUUGCUCAAUGAAGAAAAGUCAAGGCUUGAAAGCGAGAUCAAGAGCACCGUUCAGGCAUCCGCUCAGCUCCACAGCGAAGACUUCGUUGCUAUGAGUGAGAAUUACGAUGCUUCUAAGAAGCAAUACGAACAGCAAAUUCAGAAACUCAAAGCACAGAUUGCUGAGCAGCAGGAGAUGUUGAACAAGAGAGAUACCGAACAGAAGCUCGUCGCCUCCCAAAAUGAUCGCCUUAUCCAGUCCGCAAGAAGAUUCUUCAAAGAAAACAUUUCGAGCUUAGACCAGAUCAUCGAAAAGUUCGAUGAACCUCAAAUCAUCGAGCAGCCACCAGUCGCUCCGAAGUCCCCAACAAAGUCUCCUACAAAGACAAUGCCAAUUCCACAAACUCCACAGGUCGACGAGGAGAAGUACAACAAUCUUAAGAAGAGAUACCAGCAGGCCAAGCAGACAAUCGCCCAACUCCAGGAGCAGAUCGAGCAGAACAACCAGCAGGCUAAGCAGCAGAAUAACGCCAACCAGAAGACAAUCAAGAACCUCCAGAACAAGCUCGACGAGGCUCAGGAGAACGCCCGCCACGACCGUGAUGUCCUCAGCCGCCAAAUCAACGACCUCAACGGCAAAUUAUCCGAUCUCAAGUCACAACUCAAGACACCAGCCCCAACAAAGCUUGAGGAUGAUGACGACGACAUCACUGUUGUCAAGCGUGAUAUCACAUUACCUACAUCUAUGAUGGAUUCCGCUGUCAAGUCUCCAAUGAAGGGAAUUGCUCCACAGCCAUCCAACAACGACCUCCAGCAGGUAAUGGACAAGCACGCCGCCGAAAUGAACGCUUUGAAGAAGGAGUUGAAGGACAGAAUGGCACAGUCCGACAAAGCCAUCAACGAAGCUUCCAAGGCAGCAGAAGACCUUCGCGCCAAGCUCAUCCAGACAGAGAACCAGCGCGAUGACGCCAACUCCCAGAACAAGAUUCUCCAAUCCAAGCUUGACUCCCUUCAGUCCCUCAACGACGGCCUCAACCAGCAGAUCGAGGGACUCCGCCAGGCCCUCCACGCCAAGCAGCCAGAGCAGAAGCCACAGAGCAACUCCCAGGCCAAGCCAGCCGCUCCACAGCAGCCAUCGAACGAGAUGAAGGAGCAAGUAAGGAAGCUCAAGGCUGAACUCGAGGAAUUGAACAACAAGUUGAUGGCCCAGCAGAUCGCUUUGAAUACUGCGGAAAAUACCAUCCACGACAAGGAUAAGACACUUUCCGAGCAGCAGAAGAAGCUUGAUGAAGCAGAGGCCAAGCAACAGCAGCUCUCCAUGGACCUCAGAGAGGCACAGAACAAGAUUGCCAACACACCAAAGCCAGAUCCAAACCAGUGGCUCCCAAGAGACGCAUGGCACUACGCUGGCUUCGCAACACCACUCUCAACAGCCAUCGACAAGAUCGCUGCAAACCAAUCCCUCCUUCCAGCCUCAAAGUUGACACAUGUCUUCGCCGAAAUCGAUGACUUCUUCACAGAGGAGAUCAACAAGGCAGACAAGAACGCUUCCCAGGCCAACCAGAACUUCGAAAACACAAAGGCAAAGAUUACAACAUUUGUUGUUGAUUCUUCAAUCGCUCUUGGCAUUGAGCCAAAGACAUUCGAGCAGUUCCAGACCGGCCAAGCUCCAUCUGAAAUUGUCAAGGCAAUCAAGCAACUCAAGCAAGAAUUCGCCGAAUUACAAGCACUUUCUCGCAACCAGCAAGAGACAUUAAUGCACUUCGCAGAAUCAUUCGAAUUACAAGAGGGACAAGAUGUCGACGAGCACAUCGACGCAAUCCGCUCUGGCAUCGACACCCAGAACCAGAAAUACGCCGCCACAUACGAAAAGGCCCGCCGCUACAAGCAGGCCUACGCAGAUCUUGCUGCCCAGUCCAAGAAGCAGAUCCAGGAGUUAGUCGAAGAGAAGGAGCGCCUCCAGGACGAGAACGACGACCUCACACAGAAGGUUGAGUCCACACAGCGCUCCCUCAUGCAGGCAAGAGAGGAGACAGAGCAGUACGCGACACAGUUGAACAACUCCGUCCAGGAGAGAGACCUCGGCGACAUCAACCACGUCAACGAGAUGGAGGAGAGGACAAACGCCCUCGCCGGAAAGUACGAAACACAGGUUGCUGACUUAGUUGGCCAGAUCAACAACGUCAAGCAGGAGAACGCCAAGCUCUCCAACGACCUCGUCAACAAGAAGGCAGAGAGCCAGGAGUUGCAGCAGUCCCUCGAGGAAGCACAGUACGAGAACGAGCAGCUCGCGAAGGAAUUAGACCAGACAGUCGAAGAUUUCAAGAACAAGCUCAACCAGGCACAGCAGCAGAAGGAGACAGAGUCUGCAGCUGCAAAGAAGGACUUCGAUGACGUCAUCGCUAAGCUCCAGAAGCAAAUCGAAGGAUUGACACAGGAUGUCAACAGAUUAGUUGGAGAACUCAAGGAUUCCGAGACAGCCAACAAACAGCUCAAGGGACAGGUCUCCAAGUUGCAGCAGGAGAAGCAGAGAGCCGCUGAAGAGAAGAAAUCCCUCCUCGCAAGAUUAGAACGCGAAGUUAUGCUCGCUGAUGCUAAGGCACGCGCAAGAAUCAUCGAAGAGAAGGCACUCAUGGACGAGAAGUUACAUACAGCUGAAGCUAAGUUCGAACAAACAAAGAUGCAGUUAAUCAACCAAUUCGUCGACAAAUUCACUAAAUUCUUCAACCCAGCACAGGCAGUUACAGAACGCGAGUACAGAGCAGGAGUAGAAAAGGCUCACGACGAGUUUCAGAGAAUCACUGAAUCUGACGAGUCAAUUAGAAAGAUGCUCCGCGCUAAGGAUGGCCAGACAACAGAAGACGCUGUUGCUCAGAUCCUUGUUGCAAAGAAUUAA